UAAAGAGAGGUAAGGGAUUCCGAAUCAGAUCUGUAGAGCAUAGGAAUUCAAAGAUACCAUCGAAAAAGUUGUGAAUCUAAAGAUACACUCCUCGAUAAUCGCCGCUGUUUUGUAUAUUCAUUAUAGAUAUAUUUCUAUUCAUACGUUGUCUUUUGCGGUGUGAAUUAUCUCUAAUUAAGUGAUUGAGGUGAGAGAGAGGGGGGAAAUUAAAAUGUUGGAAGUGAGAGAUGGAAAUUGCUAUCCGGAGGCGGUGGUGGGUGUGAAUCUGGGACUUGCCUGUGUUGAUGGCGUUAUUGCAUUCAUUGCUUUUUAUCAGUUAAUAAGGAUUCACUCAAGGAAUCCACUGCUUGGCUGGAACCGUCAAAAGGUCUUUCAUCUUCUGAUCGGGUCUUCUAAUCUGGGUAAUUUCCUAUAUUUUGUGUUGACUCUCGUUGCUGCUUGUAAGAGUUGGACUUGUUGGUCCCAGUCCUGUGGGUUCAUUGUCAUGGCUUUCCCAAAAAUUCUGUUUGUUGCAGCAUUCCUUCUACUAUUGUCAUUUUGGGUUGACCUUUGCCAUCACUCAAAUGAUGACGAUGAAGAUGAUGGAUGGAACCCCCAAGAUACCUUGCUGGAGAAAACAAACACAACUGACUCGAGCACCAGUAAUCGGUCUAGAUGUUUCUCCUUCAUGUCAAUUCGUAUAGGAAGCCGUCAAAAAGUUGUGAUUCUGGUUUCUAUCUUAAUCUUUGCAAUAAUGGUUGUGGCUUCUGUGCUUAUAUGGAUUGGAAUGGGGAAGAAUCCUAUUGACUCAGCUGUCGUUGCUCAGGUAUAUGUAGAUCUGAUGGCAAUAGCAGUUCUUUUGCUCGGAGGAGCCUUGGCUUGCUACGCAUCGGAUAUGGAGCAGGACAAAAUUACGGGACUUAUAUUGUUCCUAAAAAUGAGAAAAGUUAGAUCGGAUCGAGCUUCAACAGAAAUGUGGAAGGUUGCUGGCUUGGCCAUUGUGUCUGUUAUAUGUUUCACAUCAAGUGCUGCUGUCGCUAUGGCAACAAACAUACCUCUAGUUUAUCACUGGCACGAGCAACAGAUAGGCGACAUUUAUACAUCUCUUCUACUGGUUUUAUAUUAUUUCAUAGGUUCGUCAGUCCCUUCGGCCUUUGUCCUAUUUGUCAUGAGAGAGUUACCGCCUCUGGCCCUGAUCAAUUCACGACGAGAAUCGACCACAAUAGCCUUCAUUAGUGACCGAUCUGUGGCUGUCCAUCCACAGCGCCGGACGAAUGAAAGCAAUGCACGGAGUCAGUUGGUUUGAGGUUUCGCGAUUGCAGAUUUCUCGAGCGAGCCUGGUAUGAAAGACUGCAUUGUGCACCAUCACCCUCCAUGUCAUGCCUGAACAGCCCUCAGCCGCUGAACUGUGGGAAGACAGUGUUGUAAAUUAAGGGGAGGAAGAAAUUGAAUGGGACAGGGCAUGAUAGCAGCUCCAUCACAAGCUCUAGAAGGCAACCGGGGUUACGACACUCACCUGUGUUUUGUGCCCUAAGUUUUAAACAGCUUUGGGUGUUGUAUAUAGCAACUACACAUGGAAGUGGUUGAUGAAAGAAAGUUCCUUACAUAUUGAAGACCAUUUUAGCUGUUACUAUUUUCUUCUUUAAAUAUUCUGUACUAUAUUUUGUUCAGUUUAUAAUUUCUGCCUGUGAUGGAUCAGGGUUUCUGAUGCAAUAGAUGUUCCAUAAACAAAUACUUACAGGUUUUUUAAUACAAUCUAUGUGCUUCUUUUUA